UCCAUUAAUGUUGAUUUGCUGGUUUCUUAAAAAGCAUUGCGUUUUCCUGGAGGACAUCCAGCGCCUUUUCACGAGCUCGAAGAGCUGGUGGAAGUCUGGGAGAUUAGGGGGGAGUCAGAGAGAGAAAGAGCGCCAUGAGGAGCAUUUGGGUUUCUGGGAUUAUUAUGUUGGUUUUUGCGAAUUCUAUUUGCUGUUCUGAUGAGAAUUUUGAGUCUUCAGACAGCCCUUUGCAAGUGGGUCUUACACUCAUUCAGACGGCAGAAGCUACAGGAGCUGUAUGUUUGGAUGGAACCUUACCCGGUUACCAUCUUCAUCGCGGCUUUGGAUCAGGAACAAAUAGCUGGCUUGUCCAAUUGGAGGGUGGAGGUUGGUGCAAUGAUAUAAAUUCAUGUGUGUACCGCAAAAAAUCUCGCCGAGGUUCCUCAACCUACAUGGAGAAAGUUUUGCAAUUUACUGGGAUAUUGAGCAACAAACCUGAAGAAAAUCCUGAUUUCUACAACUGGAACAGAGUUAAGCUCCGUUACUGUGAUGGUGCAUCCUUCAGUGGUGAAGGCUCCAAUGAGGCUGCAUCUCUUCAAUUUCGAGGCCAACGCAUUUGGGUAGCUGCCAUGGAAGAUUUGAUGUUCAAUGGAAUGAAGGAUGCAACACAGGCGCUUCUUUCUGGCUGUUCUGCUGGCGGAUUGGCAUCCAUACUGCAUUGUGAUGAAUUUCAUAAUUUAUUCCAAGGAAAUACCAAAGUUAAAUGCCUUGCUGAUGCUGGCAUGUUCCUUGAUGCUGUUGAUGUAGCUGGAGGUCGCACUCUAAGGAACUUCUACAACGGUGUAGUAACCUUACAGGGGGUUUCAAAGAACUUGCCAGAGUAUUGCGCAUCGAGAAUGGAUGCAACUUCGUGCUUUUUUCCAGAGAACCUGGUGGCCAAUAUUAAGACUCCACUCUUUCUGUUAAAUGCCGCAUAUGAUGUAUGGCAGAUCCAUGAAAGUUUGGCCCCAGUUACAGCUGACCCCAAAGGUUAUUGGAAAUCAUGCAAAUCAAAUCAUGCUAAUUGCAAUGCAAGUCAAAUUCAAUUCUUGCAAGAUUUUCGUGAUGAGAUGAUUAAUUCCAUUGAAGGGUUCACCUUAUCACAGCAGAAUGGAUGGUUUAUUAAUUCAUGCUUUGCACAUUGCCAAACUGAGAGGCAGGAUACUUGGUUUGGAACUGAUUCCCCUGCCAUUGCCAAUGAGGGAAUUGCACAAUCUAUUGGUGACUGGUACUUUGAAAGAAAAACGGUGCAGGAAAUAGACUGUCCCUAUCCUUGUGACAAAACUUGUCACAACCUCGUAUUUAGUUAA